ACACUAUAUAUUGAACGCUCGAAAGCGAGUCAAUAAUGUAAUUAUAAUCUUCAAUUUUUUCAUUUUAUACAAAUUGUUGAACAUUAUUAAUCAGUUAUGGAUCGUUCGUCUUAUCAAAGUGCCGCGGAGGCGACAAAAAUAUAUUAUUAUAAAUACGUAAGAAACGCCCGAGUUGUCGGCGUUAUUUGGGCUCUAUUCGUUAUCUGUUUGGCUAUUAUCGAAGUAGUCGUUUUCGCUCAGCCACAAUGGCUGGGUGACUCUAAAAGUUCACCAGGAACUGGAUAUUUUGGUCUAUUUAAAUAUUGCAUUCUCCUUGAGGAUACAUCUGGUGAAUUAAAGUGUUUUGGUGGAUUGGAUAAUUUUUCAUCAAUACUCAAUGGGAACUUUAAAGCUGCUACUGUUCUUGUUGGAAUCUCUGUGCUAAUUAUCUUCUUCUGUGUAAUCUCUCUCCUCCUCUUUUUCUUCGUAUCACCUAAGCGAGUAUACUACAGUAUAGCUAUGCUUUUGAUACUAGCUGCUAUCUUUCUGGCAAUCGGUUGUUUAGUUUAUCCUAAUGGGUGGGAUGACAAAGACGUCAGAAGAGUUUGUGGUAAAGAUUCGGAUAAGUUUGAUAGGGCAGAUUGUGAAAUUCGUUGGGCUUUGAUAUUAGCCGUCAUAGCUAUAUUCGACGGAAUCGUUUUAGCUCUCUUGGCAAUUGUACUAGGUUCUAGACAAGUUCCGAGGCGAUCUAGAGUUUUACUUAAAAAUGAGACUAUACCUGUCGUUGCAAAAUCCGACUACGCCGAAUCGAUCGGUAAACCCUCAGUUCUUAUUCAACCAAGAAUAGCCACGGCUUCCGAUGACCAUUUCGCCGAUUAUUCUCAAUAUUCCAGCCGAGCAAGAUCCCGAAAAGGAUUUUAAAGUCAUCUGCUCAGAGGGACAGGCAGACAGGCAAAAAGAGGGAAAACUACUCAAAUCUUUCUUAGAUUAGU